AAAUAGAUCAUAUAUAGUAAUCAAUUUUUGUUUCGGACCCUAUUCAAUGCAAACAACAAAAUCUUUCGACUUUAUAAUAUUAUAAUUAUAAUAUAUUACUCGGCAUAGUUUUUAAUUUUCCAAUAUAUUCCUCAAAAGUGGCCACAUGCGUAACAUUAAUUUCAUUGCGUUUAGAUUUAGUUUUAUUGAUACCUUUACAGGUUCCGUGUUCACAUCUGUCUCACGCCAGACAACCUAGUCUUCCUCGCGAUGAAUAUUUAGCACUAUAAAAAAAAUUUAGCACUAUAAAAAAGCUGGAAUUAACCAUCCAAGGUGCAGAUAAAGGAAACGCUACGGUAAUAAUGGAUACGUCAGAUUACAGUGGAUAAAUAUCAGAAUUGUUUUCGGAUGAGAAUGUAUACAAACUUGAUAAGAGUGAGCCUACCACAAUAUCCUUAAAAAGACAAACGAUCUCAUAAAAUCGAUUUCCGAUUCGUUGGAUUUGAACGUCGAGCAUUUGAUUACUGCCUGUCCCAAACCACCAAAGUUAAGUUAAGGGUUGCCGAAAAUACACAAACUUAAUGCUCCGCUGCGACCGAUUGUUAGCUAAAUCGACUCAUGAACCUACAGAUUGGCUCGGCACGUAGCUAAGAUAACCACCACUCCGAGGUAACGCUAAAGCUUUUGCGAAGGAGUCAUACAGUUUCUUUAGUGGGAUUAAAGAUCUACGUCUCGCGGAUAAUGAAACUAUGGUCAGUUUUAAUGUCCAGUCUUUAUUCAUAUGUCUACAAGACUGCAUUGAUAAUGAUAAUGCACAUUGAAUAUGCAGAAUUACUAGAAUAUUGCGUUAAAUCGGACUACCUCCUAUGGAAUGAUGAAUUCUAUUUGCAAGUAGAUAGUGUGACCAUGGAUUCUCCUGUAUCAGCCAUAGUCGCCGAUAUUUUCAUGUAGGACUUUGAGGAGAAGGCCCUAUGCACAUCACCUAUCCAAUCCAGACUGUAUAAAUGGUACGUAGAAAGAUAUGUCAAUGGUACACCUUUACUAUUUUACCAACGGAUAAAGUUUCUGCUAUCUUAAACCAUCUUAAUUCUAUAAACCCUAAGAUCCAAUUUACUAUGGAAUUAGAGGCAGAUAAUAAACUAGCCUUCUUAGAUAUAUUACUCAUUAGGAAUCCUGAUCAAAGUUUGAGUCAUACUGUGUAUAGUAAAGUAACGCAUACUGAUGGGUACCUCAAUGGUGACUCGCACCGUACCACAGUCGAGCGGCCACCCACUGUACUUCCAUACAUAAAAGGUGUCACAAACAAGAUUGAAAGGAUCUUGAAGCGAGCUUUCAUUUAUACUUACUUUAAGUCGUCGAAGAAGAUGAACCAACUCUUAAGACCUGUCAAGUGUAAUAUCCCCUUUCAAAGUGCAGGUGUAUACAAACUAGAAUUCGACUGUGGGCUCUUAUAUAUCGGCCAGACGAAUAGGGGCAUAGGAACUCGCGUUAAAUAAAUCUGCAGUGUGUGAACAUCCGUUAGGAGGAUCCCAGCAUUACAUAAGAUUUGUCAACCCAAAAAUACUUGUGGCUGAACAAAAAUUCAUUCCUAGAAUGAUAUGCGAAGCUAUUGAAAGUAAAAAACAUCCAAAUUUUAAUAGAGAUGAAGGUUGGCAUAAACCACCGGCUUGGGAUUCAGUAAUUAGUCAAAUAAAAUCUCAAUCCGGAGCACACAUUGCAAAACCAAAAGAUACAGUUAGUUCAUUCUGUAAAUAUUAAAUCAAAGGGAGCAAUUCACUUUUUCUUGUCGGAUUUUGUUUCGCCAGUUCAUCUCAGACAAAAUUCCCAAAGUUGGAAGUGGUAGUAGAUUACGGUAGCCAGGGGUAAAUUAAUAAGUCAAACGUAUUUUAAAAAUAAUUUAAUUUAAUUCAAUAAAUGUAAAUGUUGCCACAAUAUAUUAAAAAAAUAUAUUUAUUAUCAAUGUGUCCAAUGGUAUUGGUUUUUGAAGGUAGCUAUACUUUUAAUUAGUCUUAUGUGAACACGGAACCUGUAAAAGGUCCUAACUUCAAUAAAACUAAAUACAAACGCGAUGAAACCGUUUAAAAGUUGUUUCAUUUAUGAAUAGUGCGAGUGAAGAUAUAAGAAAUAAAUAUAUUAAUUUCAUUACUUAGAUACGAAUAUAUAAAAAAAUGACGCUUUAUUUC